AUGUCAUCGCUGUCUCCGGAUCAAAUUGAAGGAGGCGCCUCCCAGGCCUCGACAGAAGGCACUGACAAGGGUGUCCUCUCUGGCCUGAACCUCAACUUUUUCAAGAACCUAUCGGACAAAAAAGUCACCCGCACCGGCAAUCCCCCCAAGCGGCGUGGACCAAAGCCAGACAGCAAACCCGCCUUGACUAGGCGGCAAGAGCUCAAUCGGCAAGCUCAACGAACCCACCGCGAGAGAAAAGAGCUAUACAUCAAAGCACUAGAAGAUGAAGUCACUAGACUGAAAGAAGUCUUUAGCACAAUGUCUCUGGAUAAGCAGAAGCUGUACGACGAGAACAAGCAACUCAAAGAAGUCCUGGUCCAGAGAGGCAUUCAGCUCCCAAAGCCAAGCAGCGUGGACGAUUCGGGUAUCGGUGGCACUCAGGCGAUGAGUGUAAGUGCUUCGGGCAACAGCUUUGCGCACGGCUCGCAGGGCGGCUUCUCGCCUGCCGGCAUGUCGCAAUCAACCGGCAUGUCAAUGUCGCCGGAGAACCGCCAGCCGUCACCUGCUGGCAACGGGGUUGAUCUUGAGCAGGCUGGUAUUGACUUCGUCUUAACGCUCGAAAAGCCUUGCAUGGCACACAUGCCAUUCCUGGUUGACAGAGCGAGCGACGCUGACGGCGCGCCCUGUGGCCACGCCUUGAUGGUGUCUUGCCCUCCUGCGCCGUUUCAAGAGCUGACCCCAGACAUCCCUUUCGGCAGUAAACAUACGCACGACCACGGCGGAGAGUUUGAGAAGCAAGGCACAUGGGAGCUCAGCAAGGCCGAUCUGACCACGCUCCUAGACCUCAGCAAACAGCUCAACCUAGAUGGCGAGAUCACCCCGGUCAUGGCGUGGAGAAUGGUUACAACGCAUUACAGGUUCAACGAAUUGGCUCCGGGCGAUUUAGAAAAGCUUUCAGAGGAGUUAUUACGGAAAAUUAGGUGUUAUGGAGAGAACUCUGGAAAAUCAGACGAGAUGGCCCAGUCACUGGACUAUGAGAAGAUUUGCGAGAGCUGCCCGCCAGGAGAUGGCUGGGGCCCUUCAGUAACCAGCGAAAUCACCCUCAACGGCGUUCCCUAUGCGCCCUUCUCCAAGGGAGACAAGCUGGGGCGCAUGGCCGAUUGGACUGCUGAGGGCAAGGACCGCGAACGUGGUGGACGUCUGCAGUACAGCCGCCAGUACAGAGACCAGCAAGUGUAUGGCACCGGCCACGCUGUUGUUUUCAAUGCCCCUCCCGCCGAGGACGAGACCAGCUUCUCCGUCGUCAGCAACACCAGAGACUCGACCAAGACAAGAUAUGGUCGCGGUGCCGUCUUCACCCGUGGCCGAGGCCAGCGCGGCGGCCGUGGUGAUACCCGCGGUGGACGAGGAGGCCAGUUCCAGCGUGCCCCCGGUGGCCGACAGGGCUAUGGCUACGAGCGCGGUGGACGAGGCGGUGCUGGUGCCCGUGGUGGACGUCGUUUCGGCUGGAAGGAUUAUGACAAGCCUGCUCGCAACCGUGAUGCCAGCAUUAACAUCAAGGCCGAUUGGGAGCUCCUCGAGGAGAUUGAUUUCAACCGCCUGGCCAAGCUUAACCUCGAUACCGACGAUGGUGAGGACCUGGACGACUACGGUUUCCUGUACUACUACGACCGCUCCUACGACAAGCAGCCUGUCAAGGGCGCUGAGAGGAAACUCACGGCUAUUGACCGUGCCGCCUACAACGUCACCACCUCCUCUGAUCCCGUCAUCCAGGAGUACGCCGAGAAGAACGAGGCCACCAUCUUCGCCACCGACAGCAUUCUCUCCAUGCUCAUGUGCUCUACCCGCUCCGUCUACCCCUGGGACAUUGUCAUCGUGCGCCAGGGCAACAAGAUCUUCCUCGACAAGCGUGACAACGCCAACCUGGAUAUGGUGACCGUCAACGAGAACGCCGCCGACGCUCCCCUGGAAGCUGCCGAUGGCGGUAAGGACGUCAUCAACCAGCCCCCUGCCCUCGCCGAGGAGGCCACCUACAUCAACCACAACUUCGCCAACCAGGUCGUGAGCGAGAACGAGUCGAACAAGGUCCAGAUGGCCCACGCCAACCCCUUCCACGACGCCUCCGACGACACCGAUCCUCCCGCCAGCAAGGCCUACAAGUACAGGAGAUUCGACCUCUCCACCAACGAGGAGGAGCCCGUCUACCUGAUUGUCCGUACCGAGGUCGACGCCGUCCAGAAGAACGCCAUCAGCGGCGAGGACCAGCUGGUCACCAUCAAGGCCCUCAACGAGUUCGACAGCCGUGCCCAGGGCAGCGGCGGCGCUCUCGACUGGCGGACGAAGCUCGUCGCCCAGCGUGGUGCCGUUGUUACUACCGAGAUGAAGAACAACAGCUGCAAGCUGGCCAGAUGGACUGUGCAGAGCAUCCUGUCCAAGUCUGACGUUAUGAAGCUCGGAUUCGUCUCCCGUGCCAGCCCUAGAACUAACGAUAAGCACGUUAUUCUCGGCGUCAUCGGCUGGAAGCCCCGCGACUUCGCCAACCAGAUGAACCUGUCCCUCUCCAACGGCUGGGGUAUCGUCCGCACGAUUGCCGACAUGUGCCUCAAGCGCGAGGAGGGCAAGUUUGUCCUCGUCAAGGACCCCAACAAGUCUAUCCUGAGACUGUACCAGGUCCCUGCUGGCAGCUUCGAUGAGGAUGACAACGAGGAGGAGGCUGAGGAGGUUGAGGAGGAGGCUGAGGAGUAG